AUGCUGCGCGCCGCGCUGCCGCUGCUGGGGCUGCCCCUGGCGGGGGCGGGGGCUGCUGAAGAACCCACCCAGGAGCCGGGGUCUCCGGGCGAGCCUCUCCCAGGGUUGGUGCUCUUUCGCUGGCAGUGGCACGAAGUGGAGGCCCCCUACCUGGUAGCGCUGUGGAUCCUGGUGGCCAGCCUGGCCAAAAUCGUGUUCCACUUGUCUCGGAAGGUGACGUCUGUGGUCCCCGAGAGCUGCCUGCUGAUUUUACUGGGACUGGUGCUUGGAGGCAUUGUCUUGGCUGUGGCCAAGAAAGCUGAGUACCAGCUGGAGCCAGGCACCUUCUUCCUUUUCCUUCUGCCUCCUAUCGUGCUAGAUUCAGGCUAUUUCAUGCCAAGCCGGCUGCUCUUUGACAACUUAGGUGCCAUCCUCACCUAUGCCGUGGUGGGCACACUCUGGAAUGCCUUCACAACAGGUGCUGCCCUCUGGGGCCUGCAGCAGGCUGGACUUGUGGCGCCUAGAGUGCAGGCUGGCUUGCUGGACUUCCUGCUGUUCGGGAGCCUCAUCUCAGCAGUGGACCCCGUGGCUGUGCUGGCUGUCUUUGAGGAGGUGCAUGUCAAUGAGACUCUCUUUAUCAUCGUCUUCGGCGAGUCCCUGCUCAACGAUGCAGUCACCGUGGUGCUGUACAAGGUCUGCAACUCCUUUGUGGCGAUGGGCUCUGCCAACGUGUGGGCCACUGACUACUUGAAGGGAGUCGCCUCCCUGUUUGUGGUCAGUCUGGGCGGGGCAGCCGUGGGCUUAGUCUUUGCCUUCCUCCUGGCCCUGACUACACGCUUCACCAAGCGGGUCCGCAUCAUCGAGCCACUGCUGGUCUUCCUCCUCGCCUAUGCAGCCUACCUCACUGCUGAGAUGGCCUCCCUCUCCGCCAUUCUUGCGGUGACUAUGUGUGGCCUGGGCUGUAAGAAGUAUGUGGAGGCCAACAUCUCCCAUAAGUCACGCACCACCGUCAAAUACACAAUGAAGACUCUAGCCAGCUGCGCUGAGACGGUCAUCUUCAUGCUGCUUGGCAUCUCAGCUGUGGACUCUUCUAAGUGGGCCUGGGACUCCGGGCUGGUGCUGGGCACUCUCUUCUUCAUCCUGUUCUUCCGAGCCCUCGGUGUAGUCCUGCAGACGUGGGUGCUGAACCAGUUCCGGCUGGUCCCUCUGGACAAGAUUGACCAGGUGGUGAUGUCCUAUGGGGGCCUGCGGGGGGCUGUGGCCUUCGCUCUCGUCAUCCUACUGGACAAGACCAAGGUCCCUGCCAAGGACUACUUUGUGGCCACCACUAUUGUGGUGGUCUUCUUCACAGUCAUCGUGCAGGGCCUGACCAUCAAGCCACUGGUCAAGUGGCUGAAAGUGAAGAGGAGUGAGCAUCACAAACCUACCCUGAACCAGGAGCUGCAUGAGCACACUUUUGACCACAUUCUGGCUGCAGUGGAGGACGUUGUGGGGCACCAUGGCUAUCACUACUGGAGGGACAGGUGGGAGCAGUUUGACAAGAAGUACCUGAGUCAGCUGCUGAUGCGGCGGUCGGCCUACCGCAUCCGGGACCAGAUCUGGGAUGUGUACUACAGACUCAACAUCCGGGAUGCCAUCAGCUUCGUGGACCAGGGAGGCCACGUCUUAUCCUCCACUGGGCUCACUCUGCCCUCGAUGCCCAGCCGAAAUUCUGUGGCAGAGACCUCUGUCACCAACCUACUGCGGGAGAGCGGCAGCGGAGCGUGUCUGGAUCUGCAGGUGAUUGACACAGUACGUAGUGGCCGGGACCGUGAGGACGCCGUGAUGCACCACCUGCUCUGUGGAGGCCUCUACAAGCCGCGCCGCAGGUACAAAGCCAGCUGCAGCCGCCACUUCAUCUUGGAUGACGCGCAGGAGCGGCAGGACAAGGAGGUCUUCCAGCAGAACAUGAAGCGGCGGCUGGAGUCCUUCAAGUCCACCAAACACAACAUCUGCUUCGCCAAGAGCAAGCCGCGACCCCGCAAGGCUGGCUACAAGAAGAAGAAUGGUGUGGCUAACACUGCGGCUACAAAUGGGAAAUCUCCUGGAGACCUGGGCUUUCGGGACACAGCUGCUGUGAUCUUAACUGUGGAGUCUGAGGAGGACGAGGAGGAGAGCGACAGUUCUGAGACAGAGAAGGACGACGAGGGGAUCAUCUUUGUGGCUCGGGCCACCAGUGAGGUUCUGCAAGAGGGCAAGGUCUCAGGGAGCCUUGAGGUGUGUCCGAGUCCACGUAUCAUCCCCCCAUCUCCAACCUGUGCAGAGAAGGAGCUACCCUGGAAGAGUGGGCAGGGAGACCUGGUGGUCUACGUAUCCUCGGAAACCACCAAGAUUGUGCCCGUGGACAUGCAGAUGGGCUGGAACCAGAGCAUCUCGUCCCUGGAGAGCCUGGCGUCCCCGUCCUGCACUCAGGCCCCGACUAUGACGCGUCUGCCUCCCCGCCCGCUGGCUGCUGAAGAGCCCCAGGCCGCUCUUGAGCUGCGCCCUAGCUUCGCCUUUCCCCCGAGCCUGGCCAAGGCUGGCCGCUCUCGCAGCGAGAGCAGCGCUGACCUCCCCCGGCCACAGGAGCUGCAGCCCCUCAUGCAACACGAGGACCAGUCGCACCUUAGCCCAGGCACCGCCAGCUCUCACUGGUGCAUCCAGUUCAACAGAGGAGGCCGGCUGUAG